UCUUGGUUCGUGGCACGACAUCGUUGCUUCAAUAAAGCUCAAAAGGAAUGUCAUCUACUACUACUACUACUACAAAAAAAAAAAAUUUAGUUAACUGAUCGCAAAGUAUUUUCAGAUUUUUUUUCCCGCUUUUAUGAACGCCUGUAAAUUAUUUGUACAGUUUUAAACAGUAACCAUGACUGGAGUUUUUGACAGUCUCAACACAGAUAUGCAUUCAAACCAGAUUACCUCGAGUAGUUACCACAGCUUGCACAAAUCGCAGGAGUCCCCGACUUUACCGGUCUCCACUGCGACGGACAGCAGUUAUUACAACAACCAACAGCCCGGACACUGCGCAGGGUCGCCGUAUGGCCAGCUCGGCACCUACCAGUACCACAACACCGGUAUGAACGCCGUGCAGUACAACACGAAAUCGUACGACCUCGGAUUCAGUAGCUCAUUCACUACCUACGGCACGUACGGACCGAGCGCUUCACCCACGCCAACCGACGGAGAAAAAGAGGAGAGUGAGCCGGAAAUUCGAAUGGUCAACGGGAAGCCAAAGAAAGUGAGGAAGCCGCGAACGAUCUACUCCAGCUUCCAGCUCGCGGCGUUGCAGAGGCGUUUUCAGAAGACGCAGUAUUUGGCUCUCCCGGAGCGCGCGGAACUGGCCGCCUCUCUGGGCCUCACGCAAACCCAGGUAAAAAUCUGGUUUCAGAAUCGCCGCUCCAAGUUCAAGAAGUUGUGGAAAAAUGGAGAAAUUCCGCCCGAGCAACAUGUGGCUUCCAGCGAGUCUCCCCCGUGCCACUCACCUCCUGUCAACACUGUCUGGGACUUUCCACAAAAUCAAAGAAUGAACAAUGUAACCUCGGGUUUGCCUCAGAGCGGCAGUUCCCCCAACGCAACAGCGCCUUCCUUUCUGACAAACUACUCUUGGUACUCAUCUACGAACUCAGCAACGCAUCUGCAGCCGAACGCACUGGUACCACACCAUCACAACACAGCUUUGAGCGCUGGAACGAUAUUUUGACAAAAAUGCGACAUUUAUAAGCGGAGAAUUUCAUUUUGCAAGACUUAAAGCUUCAAGGGACUCACAGGCCUCGUUUUCCGAAAGUAGCCGCGACUGCAUCGGCAAAGUUGAGAAGCACCGUGUUGCGUGCUGCGCGUAAUACUGUUUUGUUUUGGGGUUUUUUUGUUCUUUUACACAGUGUCGUCAACAUACAGACGCGAAAGAAUAAACGGCAUACAAUUAUUUUUGUAUUUAUUUAUUUUGUCUCUGGAGGUGGAAAAUAAUAAAAAAAAAAAAGAUCAAAUUAAUUGUUCAGUGAACCACUAAGAUCCAAAGCUACGCUACAAAAGGCGAGUCGUGCGGACGUUUCACCCGUCGGAGUGAACCUUAUAGCAGGAUGUGUUAAUGUCAGAUCAUGUAGCACAAUUUGAAGCUGUAUCGUGCCUUUAAAAUGACCUCACUUCGUUGUCCACCGUAAUGUAUUUUAAUGUGCCCAUCGUUGUUAUCAUUAUAUUUGUUUACUUUGUAUUUUGUACAUAAGGUAAGUAGGAGAUAUAAUAUUUGUCCCAGUACAUGGAGGCUUCACCGCUACCCUUGGAUAUGUCGCCCUUAUCAGGCAUGUAGGUUAUCAUGUAGUGUUUUUGCUUUUUAUAUAUUGAGGGAAAAGGUGACCGAAAAUCUCACAAGCUACUGAUUUCCCAAAAUCAAAAGUCACAUGUAACACAUUUUUUGGAAUUAUUUUGUUUAUUUAUUUUAUCUCGUAUGCUGAAUGUCCAAUUCUGGCAUUAUAUGAAUCAGACUUAUUUAAAUAAAAUGUUUCAUGUGAA